GCGGCAGCCCAGAGCUGGCCGGGGCCGCGGGGCCGCCGGGCCGGGCGGAGCAGCAGCAGCAACACCCGCAGCAGCCGCAGCACCCACAGCCGAGAGCCGCUGCGAUGUCGUCCGUGGCCUCCUACGAGAGCCUGGUGCACGCCGUGUCCGGCGCCGUGGGCAGUAUGACUGCAAUGACUGUAUUUUUUCCUUUGGAUACAGCUAGGCUUAGACUUCAGGUUGAUGAGAAGCGGAAGUCAAAGACAACACCAGCAGUCCUUUUGGAAAUAAUCAAAGAAGAAGGCCUGUUGGCACCAUAUCGAGGAUGGUUCCCUGUUAUCUCCAGCCUUUGCUGCUCCAAUUUUGUUUAUUUUUAUACAUUUAAUAGUCUUAAAGCCCUCUGGGUCAAAGGCCAGCAUUCAACCACUGGAAAAGACUUGGUUCUUGGAGUUGUUGCAGGAGUAGUGAAUGUGCUCUUGACUACCCCUCUCUGGGUAGUGAACACACGCCUGAAGCUACAGGGAGCAAAAUUCAGAAAUGAAGACAUUGUACCAACCAAUUACAGAGGCAUAAUAGAUGCCUUUCAUCAGAUAAUACGAGAUGAAGGAGUCUUAGCUCUGUGGAAUGGUACUUUCCCCUCCUUGCUGCUGGUCUUCAAUCCUGCCAUACAGUUUAUGUUUUAUGAAGGCUUUAAACGAAAACUUUUGAAAAAGCAGCUGCAACUCACCUCUUUGGAUGCUUUUGUCAUUGGUGCAAUAGCCAAAGCAGUUGCCACCACACUCACUUAUCCUCUGCAGACAGUACAGUCAAUUCUGCGGUUUGGACGUCACAGGUUGAACCCAGAGAACCGAACACUGGGCAGUCUUAGAAAUGUUCUUUACCUUCUUCAACAGAGAGUGAGGCGUUUUGGAUUAGUGGGGCUCUACAAGGGCCUUGAAGCAAAGCUCCUGCAGACAGUCCUUACUGCUGCUCUUAUGUUUCUGGUGUAUGAGAAACUGACUGCUGCAACCUUUACAGUCAUGGGAUUAAAGCACUCGCGCAGACAUUGAAGAGGAACCUAUGCCAAAGAUUCUGGGGUCUAGAAAACACAUUCCAUUUCUGAGAUCUGACUGGGUAGCAAAGGGUCCUCACUUUCUCUGCUUCUCUUUUUAGCCACCUUUAUCUCCAGUGUUUGGAGAAAUCUGGAAUAUGCUCUAUAGGACCUGUUGCCAUGAAUUCAGGGAGAGCCCAUUCCCUGUUGUUCUGUGUACUGACUGUGUUAAGAAAAAAGAGACCUUAUUUAAGCACUUGACAUGAAAUUUAAACUAUUAUGUGAUUUGGUUAUUUGGUUGAUAUUGGCAGGAAUGAUUAUCUUUCACUAUGCUUUCUUCUUUGCCCUCAAAUAAUUCUCAACUAUUUUUGUGUCUUUACCUUCUGUCAGCAGCUGGUGGGGCUGGUUUUGUGUUAUUUUCCUUGACCUGUUUUUGUCACUUCAUAUUUGGUUCAUUAAAAUAAUUAAUAAAGAGUAACAUUUUUGG